UUUUUCAUUCUCAGCCUUGGUUUCUGAUUAUCUGUGGACUGGAAAUCCAAAUUAAGCAGAUAAUUUUAGUUAUUAUUGAAAAAGAACAUAGGCUUUGAUCAAGGUCUUGGGACCUCUAUGUGUGUCUCUCAGUGCCCAGAUAUGGGUCAUCUCUGUUUGCCACUCAGCCCUCAUCUUCCCCUCUAGGUUAGCCACUCAGAAGGCCCUCUUCCAUACAUCCUGAUAUUGACCUGUGGUCAAGAUGAGUGACCUAUGGAGAGGGAAGAAAUUCUAGAGGCUGAAGAGAAGGAAGACUGAGAAGUGAGGGGUGUGGACAGUGAAAGUGCACAAACACCCCACAAAGUGGGAUCUCUGUAUGAAUAUGAGUUUUUAGUCUAAAAAAAAAUUAUUGAGAUAUAAUUGACAUGUAACAUUGUAUUCGUUUUAGGUGUAUAAUAUAAUGGUUUGAUAUGUUUACAGUGUGAGUGCUUGUGAUGAGAAUUUUCAAGAUGUACUAUCCUAGCAACUUUCAAACAUGCGAUAUGGUAUUGUUAACUAUAGUCACCAUGCUAUACGUUUUAUCUCCAGAACCUAUUUCUCUUCUAACUGGAAGUUUGUACCUUUUGGUCACGUUCACCCAUUUUUGCCCACCCUCCACUCCCUGCCUCUGUCAACCACCAGACUGUUCUCUGUAUCUAUCAGUUCAUUUAUAAAAAUCAUACAGUAUUUGUCUUUCUCAGUCUGACUUACUUCACUUAGCAUAAUGCCCUCAAGAUCCAUCCACGUUGUUGCAAAAGGCAGGAUUUCCUUCUUUUUUGUGGCUGAAUAAUACCCCAUUGUGUAUAUACACCACAUCGUCUUUAUCCAUUGAUCUGCCAAUGGACACUUAGAGGGUUUCCAUGCCUUGGCUAAUUGUAAAUAAUGCUGCAAUGAACAUGAGGGUGCAGGUGUCUUUUCAAGAUAGUGUUUUUGUUUCCUUUAAAUAAAUACCCAGAAGUGGAGUUGCUGGAUCAUACGGUAGUUCUAUUUUUAAUUUUUCAAAGAAACUCCAUACUGUUUUCCAUAGGGGCUAUACCGAUUUACAUUACCACCAGCAGUGCACAAGUGUCGCCUUUUUUCCACACCCUCAUCAACACUUGUUACGUCUUAUCUUGUUGAUAAUAGCCAUUCUGAUCAGAUAUAUGAUGCAAACAUUUCUUCCAUUAUGUAGGUUGCCUUUUCAUUUUGUCGAUGGUUCCUUUGCUGUACGGAAGCUUUUUAGUUUGAUGCAGGCCCAUUUGUUUAUUUUUACUUUUGUUGCUUAGUUCUUAUUUUUUGCUGUCUGCUUUUGCCACAUUGUGACUGACUCUUCUUUUGUCCAAAAGACAGGACACUGGCUGGUUAAUUAUGAAAGUAACAUUCACCACACAAACCCAGCAGAAAGAUUGUGGGGAAAACAAUUUCAGUUUAGGGUUAGACCCACCAGUUAGCGUUUCUCUUCCCUUGCAGUUGAAAACACCUUAAUAUUGUGACAGAUAUUUAACAAGGAUAAGAUGAUAGUGGGAGACUCCUUCCAUACAAACCCGAUCUCCCCUAGAUUUGGAGUCUCAAUUAGAAAAAAUUAACUUCAAGAAAACAGUUUACCAAAAAUGUUUAAAUUCCUAGGUGAAAGAGGCUUUCUUACUCUUUUCUUUUGUUCUAGGCUCUGACCCCAUGGAAUAAAAGAGACCCUAUUUAGGGACAGUUAGUUUUGCUGCCCAGAAGAUUCUCUCUCUUCUUUGGUGGGCUUUUAGAAACCUUUGGGUUACUUGAAUCCCAAAUUAACCCAUGUUGUGCAACAUGUAAUCAAUUAGGGAGAUUUUUCAAUGGAAAUCAUCCAAUUUUGUAAGAAUUGGUUGACACUUUUCCCCUUUCUAAUAUGAUACACUUCCAUAGCUUCAUUCAUUCCUCUCCUAAUACUCUCUCAAAUAGAAGUUUCAAAUCAUUUGCCGUUUAGCAAGUGUUUUCUCCUAUCUUGUGAUUUACUCCUGUAACAUUUAAAGUAGACUCUACAGUUUACUGGAAGGUGUGACUAUGAUGCAAAUUCAGCCCUCCUGGCCUGUUCACAAUGGAAGUUUUGCCGUAAAAGAUGAAUUACGAUGUAAUAGCUGAGUAGAACUAAAAAAGUCAAUGCAGUUGCCCUUUGGUGCAUUUGGGGGCUAAUGAUAUUUAAGUCAAUAUGGCUGAAAAAGAAAAAUAAAUGUCAAACCAAAUACCAAAGAAUGAAUAACCUACUGCAAGAUUGCUAGAAUCAUAAGCAGUUACCGAUGCUCUAAGAUUGCUCUGAGAGCCCCGUCGAUACGCUAGUCUCACGGUAAUUAAAAAAUUCUAAAAAGCCAAUACUUAUUUUGUCAAAGACACAAAUGGAAAUCCCACCUGGAAUGUGAACAAAUUAAGAGUUCUGAUUGUGCUCAAGCUGGGGCAGUUAGCAAUUAUUCUUGAAAGAAUAUUUCUGUCGAGAACUUUCUUCUAAAACUCAAAAUACUAGAGAAUCACACAAGCUGGAAAGGACUUAAGAAACUAUUUAGUUGCUUCGUUUUAUAUAUUUGGAAGCUGUGGCUCAGAAAAGUUACGUGACUUGUCCAUGGUCACGUUGCCAUGUGACUGUGACUCUUGGCUGGCCCGGUGAUCUUUAAAUUUGCUUAUCUUGAGGUCCUUGUCUUAUGUAUCAUCCCAAUUCUCUCUUCUAUUGUAAAAGAGCUCCUCCUUUAAAAAAUCUUGUCUCUUUGGCAUAUUAAUUAUUUUAAGCUGGUUAUUUUCUAGGAAACAGUAGACAUGGGAAAAAUUCUGAAAACUAAUUAGGAGUUACCCUUUUGUAAGAAACGUUUAUAUUUGUAAGGGAAAUCUCUAUAUGCAAGGGUGUCUCCUUCCAUGUACCAGGAAGAGAAAGAUGACCAAAUCUCUAGAAAUUCUUAACCAUGAAGAAGGCAAUGACUUAAAUCUGCAUAACGCCCUUACCAUUGUUCACUGUGCUUUUCCUGAUAAGCUCCCAUCAGAGAGUUACUGACUCUCCCAUCCUCAACAUCCUCUUUUGUCUUUAGCUGAAGCUGGUAUUUAAGAUGAGGGCUCAGUUCUCCUUUGUCUCUCCCGUGUAUUCAUGUGACUCAACUUUUUGUUUGAUUUUCUCCUGUUAAUAUGUCUCAUGUCAAUUUACUUCUUAGACCAGCCCGAAGAACUUAGAAGGGUAGAGGAAAAUACCUUCCUCCUUGAUACAGUGUUACAAUGUAAGUGUUGAACGGAUGUCGCCUUGGCUCUAACACAUAAAUAAGUAAGGUGAUUUCUACAGAGAGAUUAUAGGCCAUAGGGCUUUCAGUGAGGCCAGACUGGCAGCUCCUCCGUAGGAGCUGGAUAAGGGCUCACAGGUGUUCCGUGAAAAAGAUAGCAAUCCAACAUCCACAGCCUACACAGGAAUAAAAGAAACCAAGGAAACUGAGUAUUCACAGCCCUUUAAAUAAGAAGGCCAGGCCCAUAUCAAAAGCCAGAGAACAGAGAUGGAAGAACUUGAAUACCAAAGACAGGAAAAUGGACAGAGAUAUCAGGAGAAUGAAGAAAGAGGGUGACAUCAAAGAUGACCAGAUGUUGUCAAAAGGCUGGGAGUAAAAAGCAGGCACUUGAUCCCAAGCUGGUGAGUAAACAGAAUGGGCCGACUGGUAAACCUUUUGGCCCUAGGAUCAUGUUGGGUCUAGUGGAGAAAUCUUGGUCUCAAAGUCGAGUCCCAACUCUAGCCAUGCCUCCUUCAUCCAUUGAUUCGUUCAUGUAAUAUUUAUGAACACACACUGUGCGCCAGGAGCUCUAUUACGUGCUAGGGGAGAAAUCCAUGAAUAAGACAGACAUAGUUCCUGUCUUUACAGUCUAUCAGGGAGACAGACAUCACCUAAAUCACUACACAAACAAUCAUUUAUUUACCUUGUGGCAAAAGUUAUGAAAGGCAAGCACAGCAUACAGUGAGAAUUCAUAAAAGGGGCAUCUCACUUUGCUUGAAGACACGGGGAAAUUGUGGUAUCAGUUUUUAAAAUGGAAACAAAUAUCUAAUGGAAGGCAGGUAAUUUGCAUUUUAUGUUUAUAAACACACCAACUAUUAGUAAACAGUAAUAUCAAACAGAAGCGUAUACUUGAACGGACCAUGUGUACUAGAAACCCAGUGAGGAGGGGGAGAAAGGGACUCCACUGGGGAAGCCAGAGGACACAGGAGAAGUUGGGUCCCCAGCGCUGCUGGAUGAAAGCAGAGGGGAGGCUCCUUCUCACUUUCACUUAGAACCAGAAAUAGGUCGCUGAGCUUGAAUAAGGCUGCAGUGCAGCCAGUCAGUCUCUGAACUCAAUGCCCCGGUUCUGGUUCCCAGCCCGCGUUUUGGUUUCCCUGGUACUGAGGACUGCCGUGCACCCUACUUCCUUCUCAGCCCGGUUAACCCAGCUUCUCUGAACUGUCCCCAGGCUUCUGGAUAUUGCUCAGCUAUGUGCUGGAUCUCUGCAGGUAAGAAUCAGGACUGGACAAAGUCUGGGUCUUACGAGGUGAUGACUUGCUGCUUAGAGACUGAUCCUUCUGUUUUUGAUGUAUCUUUGAAUUCAUUCUCCCAUGGCCAGACUCCACAGCACUACAGAAUUCCAAGGAUGUCCACCCCUGUAAGAUCAGGUACUAGAACUCCAGGUUCUGCUACUUCAACUGGAUUCCUUGCAAGCUCAUGACUGUGUAUGACUCGAUCCACAGUCAUGAGUCUCUUCCUAGGUAAAGUGAGUAAAUCAAUCAAUCUGUAUUUUAACAGAUACCUUCUGAAAACAUGCUUCAGCCAAAAGUGGAAUUCUAAGGGUAGACACGUGGGCAUGGUGGGUUGUUAGAGCAGAGGUUUGUGGGUGAGGGACUUUGGGUACCUAAGUAGCGCACCACACGCUGGAUCAACAACCCCCAUCCAUCCCUUACGGAUACAGCAGACACGCCCUCCAAGAGCCAAAGUGGGUGUGCAGAACGCAUGCCCUAGAAAGGAAGAGAACUUGGUAAUGGUUUCUUAGGAGAAAUAAACCCCAAGUGGAAGUGGACAUUUGAGCAGAGUUUUAAAAGAAAAGUCAGGCUGGCACACCAGAAGCCUCCUGGGGUGAGGUUGAACCUCUGCAAAGCUCUAGUUUCUCAUUGCCCAUCUUGUUUUUCUCAGUUACAAAUCAGUCUGGCCCUUCCCUGUUUUCUUUCAUCAUCCUCCAUCCUUAGAGAGAUCAUCUCAGCCCAGAGACAGACAGCUAUUAUUCUGGCUUCUGGUUUGUAUUGUGUUAACUGCCUGAGAAGAUGUGCUGUCCGUCUCCUCGGGUAUAAAAUGGGGAUAACACCCCUAUCCUGGUAUGGUUGUUAUAAGGCGGGAACGUGAGGGGAAUUAAACAAAGUUGAGUUCCUGCCCCCUUGCCAAAAAUACUUUGACUAAUUUCGAAUACUUUGUUUGUUCAGUGAUUAUUUAUUGAGCACCUACUAUGGGCCAGGCACUGUUCUGAGUACCGUAGAGGUAGCAGUGGAUAAGAUAAAGUUCCUGUCGUUGUAAGGCUGACUUUCUAUUGGGAAGAAAUAGGCAAGGACCUGGUAAGCAAAUACAUAAUAUAAACUCAGAUCAUCAGUGAAGAUAACAAAUAGGACAAUGAAGUAGAGAAUGACUGUGGGGUUGGAAGGAUCACAUACACAUCUUUCCGUGCUAAGCUAAGAUUUUAAACCAGUGUGCUCAAUUUUCCCAUAAGUGAUCAGACUGAUAAAUACAGUGAUUAAUACUCCAGGACUGACUACUACCAGAUCAUCUUCCAGACCAUGGGUCCUGAAUGGGGGUGGCAGACCUUAGUCUCUGCCUUCAAGUUGCAUUUGCAUAGCAGGCUGAUCAGAGGGCCCAGGUGUAACUUGCCAUCUCAGUAGACCCUGAUGUCCACAGAGGGGCCACAUGAGGUUAAACCCAGGACCAGGUAUUUCAAGGGUGGCUGGCAGGGCUCUGCCUGCUUGUACGCAGAACACCAGAAGUUAAACUGAGGUCUCUGACCCCUAGGUCCUUGGAGCCCCGGGGAGGCUACUGCUUUGUGUAGAUGAAGCUAAAGCCAGAAUCGUGACUGAAUUACAACCAGGAAACCACAUGUGGCAGCUGAACUGCUGGAGGUGUUGAGCCAGGACAGAGCAGCUCUUCCCUGACCAGGGAUCGAACCUGUGUCCCCUGCAUUGGAAGGGCGGAGUCUUAACCACUGGACCACCAGGGAAGUACCUGAGCCCGCUGAAAUGACAGCAACGGAGGUUUCAAAAGGGUAGAAACACACAAGGACAAAGAAAAUGAAGGGGAAGAACAGAGCAACAAAGUCCUGGCAGCUGCAGGCAGAAGGACAAGGACUAUUGACAUUUCAGACCCAAGAACCAGAAUCCGAAGCCGACAGAGUAGGAGGUGAGGUGCAAGCUCAUUGCGCUCAGCACCCCCCGGAUGUGCAGGAAUUAGCGGUUCCAGUAAGUGGCGCUAAAGGCGGGGCUCGAGGAGGAUCAGCUGAGAGUCUGCUUGGGAAGCAUUUGGGUCCCCGGCAGAGGGACGGUCACUCGUCUCCACUGGUACAAGUCGAGAGGUUUUUUCCCUCUGGAGAGGGUGGAACAGAGGGUCUCUGGACUGGAAGAUUCUAGCAAUGGUUGAUGGCAAGUCUACCAUAAUACAACAGGGGGAUCAGAUGAAAACGUACACAUCUAGUGAUUAGACCUUCCCUCCAAGCCCUCUUAGGUCAGCAAAGUGCUAGCAGCAGGGCCUAGACCCUGAGCAUGAGAUUGGAAGAUGCUUCUUUGAGGAAUCUGACCAUCCCAAGGAGAAACAGCUAAAAAUGGCUCUCUCAGGGAGUUCCCAAGAAAACGGACAGUCAGAGCGGUGGCUCCCAAAGUGUGGUCUCCAAACCUGCAGUAUCAGCAACAGCUGGGAACCCGCUAAAAAUGCAAGUUCUCACACCCUGCUCCACACCUACAGAAUACGAACCACUGGGGUAGGACCCUGAGAUCUACUUUAAGGAGUCCCCCACCUAUUCAGUAAAGUUGAGAACUACUGCUCUUCAGCAAAGCUCACCAUGGACACAAAAUGUCCCUUCCUUAUAAACGUGAGCAGAUGAUCAAGGGUGAGCAGAUAUCUAAAGAAAGAUGGAGAACAAAAUGAAUUGAAAUAAAUAACACUCUUGGAGGAAAAAGAGACUUUUCAGGAAAAAUUAAACUUGGAAAACAGCUAACAUUAAUACCCUUGGAGGGGUAAGAAAAGAUAUUUCAUCCAUGAAAACAAGAAGAGGUGACUAUUUUUUUUAAGAAGGGGUCCUUUGAAAAACAAUGAAAAUGGGCUUUUGAAAAUUUUUAAAUAUGGUAGUAGAAAGGAAGAAUUCAACCAAACACUAAAAAGUGAAGCAAAAAGACAGAAAAAAAAAAAAAAAACGGGGAGAAAAAAAGAAACAUCUGAAGGUUAGUCUAGGAAAGUGAGCCGGACAAAGGAAGCAGAGGGGAGAUAUAAUGAAAGAACUGAGAAUUGUUUCCCAGCGUUGAAGACCAUACAGCCCUAGAUGGGAUCCACACCGUGUCCAGACAUUGGAUGAAAAUAGAUUUGUAUCCAGACAUGUCAUUGUCAGAUUUUGGAAUGUGGGAAUAAAGAGAAGAUCCUGCAAGUUUCCAAAAAGAAAACCUAGGUGCAUACUAAGGAUUAAGAACCAGCUUCAAAUGUCUCUGGAGCAACAUUGGAUCCUGGAGGACGAUGGAACAAAGAAGAGAGCCUGAAGGAAGAUGGUGUCCAAAGUUGAAUUCUAUACCCUGGUAGACGAUUAAUCCUAUGGGGAGACAGAAUAAGUAUCAUCCAAUGUGAGGGUAGAAUAAAGACAUUUAAAAACAGGCUCAGGGACUUCCCUGGUGGCGCGGUGGUUAAGAAUCCGCCUGCCAAUGCAGGAGACAAGGGAUCGAGUCCUGGUCCGGGAAGAUCCCACAUGCCGCGGAGCAACUAAGCCCGUGCGCCACAACUACUGAGCCUGUGCUCUAGAGCCCAUGCUCCACAACAAGAGAAGCCACUGCAACGAGAAGCCCGCGCACCGCAACGAAGAGUAGCCCCUGCUCGCCACAACUCGAGAAAGCCCGCACUCAGCAACGAAGACCCAAUGCAACCAAUAAAUAAAUAAAUAAAUAAAAUAAAAACAGUCUCAGUUUUCGAAGUUCUCGGAUCGAGAGGUUAAAUUUUAUAAUAAGAACUGGAUAGUGAUCACUGUCAAAGUAUCAACUUCUGAUUCGCAGAGACACUUAUCAGAGAAGUACUUAAACCAAGGACUUUGUGACGACUACUGUUUGUCCUCUGCAUCUAUUCUCAUCCCUCUUCCAUCCAGGCUCCACCUGUGACCAGAAAGUUCUCUCUCCUGAAGACUUGUCUCUCCAGGCUUCCUGUACAUCCUUGGGAUACUAAGCAAACCCUUUUGUUCUCAAUGAGGCUUCAUCUUGCCUCAGUUCUAGAAUUUCUAUCAAGAGGGGUUUGGGUAGAAAUCUAGAUGAGGGGGUAGGAGGCCAGCCCUGGGGUCUUGUCUACAAGCUACAUUCUUAAAAACUUAGAUUUCAUAGCACUUUAAAUAAAACUUUUCAACGAGAUUUUACUUACUCUAAAUAUAAGGUUAAGAAAAUAUUGCUUGCCCCAUCCAAUGUUAUUUUCAUUUGGGGUGGGUUGGAGGAGACUGAUAGAGAUUGGGGCUGUGAGCUCAGGGCCCCCACCUCAGCCAUCCUUGGCCCUUUAUCCUGGGAUGAUGGCAGGAACAGAGUCAUUCUUCCCAGUAGGUAACUUGGAGGCUGUUUGGAUGUGCCUUCUCGUUCCUGGGAAUGAAUUACCUCAGGUCUGACCCACUCGGAGUCUCUCGCAGUAAACCUCCCUCUUAGAAGCUGCUCUCAUAAGCUGCCCAGCUGGCCUCCUCAGAGCUGCAACACUGCUUUCUCAGACAGCUACCCUUACAGAGACUUAUUCAAAGAUCCCUAGAUUGGCCAGGGCAGGAAUUCUGGGUAAGGGCACAAGGACACUCUCCUGCUUUCUCAGCUUCACUGGGCCGAGCCUUAAGGCAGGACCCAGAUCCACUGGGUUUUGGGUGAACGAUUUGUUUAGCGUGGUGGUUAAGAGCCUGUCUUGGAGUGAGACAAAAAUGGGUUCGAGUCCUGCCUCUGCAAACUAUCUGGAGAAUGGGACAGAUGAACCUGUCUCAACUAGUGGUGGUGGAUUCAACGAGCUAACGUAUGCAAGGAUUAAGCACAUUAAAUCCUCAAUCAGUGACAGUUCAUUAACAAAAUUAACCACAACUCUCUAAGAGUUUCCUCUGAGGAAAAAGCACUGCAGAAAUAGUCCCUCUGGGCUAAGGUAUCUAGGAAACGAGACCAAAAUCUCUAGGUUCUUUUAUUUAUAUUCUCCUCUUCCCUUUUCCUUCCCUCCCCCCAUAUUGGCCUGGGGACACAGCUACAAAUUAAGUCCAAUCUCAGUACUAGUUCUAAAAGCUCUAUAACCUGAAAAAUAUAGAAAAACAGACAUAUUAGAUGUUUAAAGAAAAUUUAAAAGACAAAAUGAAACACAAUGUAAAGCUUUUCCUCCCCCCUUUUAUUCUAGGAGUGUGUCCCUAUUUGUCUCUAACUUUCACCAGUGGGUAGAGUGAUAAUAAUGCUAAUUGGCGUUAUUAGUCAAGAGCUUUCUGUGUGCCAGAGCCUUUUCCAAGCAUUUUACUAAGAUUAUCUCAUUGAACCCUUAUGGGACUCCUAGGAGGUAGGUACCUUUCUUAUUCUUUUUCGGAGAUAAGAAAACUGGGGCUUAGAGAUGAUAACUAACUUACGGGGAGGCAUACAGCAGCUCACUGCGUGGAAGAACACCCCAACGGUUUGGGUUCCUGAAAGCAUGGUGUCAGCCUCGUACAGGAGGGACAUCCAUGGACUCCACCCUUCUUGUCCCUAUGGCUUCUAGGAAAAGUGUGGAAAAGGUCAGUUUUCUUCUUAGUCCCAUGUAGCUAGCAGGGAGCUUUCUGCAUGUCCAGGGAUAUCUCUGUCCUCUGCCUCAACAUACAGAGCUGUGCAGAAGGAGCUGGUCCAUGAGAGCUUAGAGGCAGAGACUGUCAGGGCUCAGUUCGACCCUCUAACUUGAUUCCUAUUCAUCUCCAAACCCUUCAGAGGCCAGGACUGCGUCUCAGAUACUCUUGCCUUCCCCAAAGGGGUGCAUAGCAGAAGCAACUAUUCUAACUUUGCUACCCACAUUUAUUUACUUUUUUUCAUCUCUUCAGUUCCCUCUUGGCAAGAUUAUUCCCAACAGGUAUAUCAGGAGGAAACCUUGACUAGAUGAUCUGCAAAUUUCCGACAACUCUGAAAUUCUCUCAUUCUGUUGUUAUAUAACUUAAUGUUCUAUAAAAGAUAAAGAUAUGCAUCACAGGUGUUAAGGGCAUCCAGAAACGUCACUGGAUAUUAGUGCUUUCUGGGAAUCUCUUUUAGAAUUGACAGUUGGGGUCAUAUUUCCACUAGGCUGAGGAGAAAUCAGAAGGGAAAUGACCUUGAGCUGACCUUGUGUGGGCCACUCUGUGGUCGGCUGAGAGCUCCUUUCUGACUGCUGCCAUCCAGCGCAGCCUUGCAGGGUCCAUGAAGAGUAGCUAAGGACCACCCUCAGAGGGUACAUCGUGGGUAGAGCAUGAGCUUGGAUAUUAAACCCUCCAGGGUUCAACUCCCAGCUCUGCUACUGACUGGCAGCAUCAACUUAAACUCUCUGUUUUCUCAUCUGAAAAAUGCAGGUAAUGCCACCCUCUUCCCUGGGCUGUGGUAAUGCCCAUCUCAUGGUAAGCAGUGCAUCAUCAGUAGCUGUUAAUAAUAGCAUCACUAACUAGUCUAAUUGCCCUUCCUGUUUUAAAGGCUCACAGCCUGUAAUGCUGGGCUGGGGACCACUCUCACCGACAUUGGGACUUUGGGUUUUGACUACCACCGAUUCGCAAGAGCUAAACUAGGAGUAGUUAUGGCUAUCCCCACUGUCAUGAAAAACAAUCAGAUUUAAUUUUGGAAAUUUGAAUGUAUUUUUAAUUUGAGCUGCCUGUUAUUAUCAGUGACAAAGAAUUUUCUGACAGGUAAAGUUAACCAGAGAUGGACUGGUUGCUUCAGUGGUGGGAGGGCUCAUCACCAUAGCAGGGGUGGCUGAAGGGUGGGGCAGAGGACCGCCUGGAUGGAACGUAUUAGAGGACAUUGAAGGGCUGGUAAUGGUUUUUGUUGAUGACUUAAAGUUUUCUAAAAUUCCAGAUGUGCCUCACAGCUCUCUGAGCAGCCCUGGUAAUCUGUCGUUUUUGCCUCAAGUUUCUUUGGUCUUCCAGACUACCCAUCAAGUAAUUGAGAAACUAUAAAUAAACGUUAGAAGCAAGCCCCUAAUUGAUCAACUUUCGGGUUUUCCUUGGUGAGUUUUCUUGAAACUUGGUUCCUGUGUAUAAUUUGAUCCAUGCAUCUCUGGGGGAAAGACCUCUCCCCUGAUCUCUGAGGACGGUAGCAAAUGGCUGCAAAGUCCAGGCAAGGAGGUGGUAGUGCUACAUUUGCAGAGCUAACAGUCAAACCUACAAAACGAAUACAGUUUCCACGCAAGGAAGAAGGAGGAGGACAAAUGGCUGCCAGACCUGUACAUUUACCGAAUCAACACCAGUCCCAGGCCACAGAGCCCCGUACGUAGAUGCUUUGGCCGGAUUGCUUGAGUACUGACAUAGCCUUGUAAACUGAGACCCUUCAAAGGAGUGAAAAGAAAAAAUAAGUUUAGAGGAACGUUUACAUAGAGGUUUCCCUUGGGUUGCAGCUGCCCAACUGAAUUAGCAUCAAACCGUUGCCCUGGAAAAGGGUCAUGAGAAGUGGUUUUCCCGGCCUCACACAAUGAGCACAGUCAGUAUGGAAGCUGCCUGGUUCUCAUUUGGAAGAAAUUUUCAUCUGAUCCCACCCUUACCCCCAGACUUCUGCCUUCCUAUAUGCUUCACUCUAUCAUUCUGAGGCCUAUAUAUUUGCAAAAAGUGCCUUCACCACUGUCCUUUCUCCUGGUGACGUGGCUGUAAAAUUCCUCUCCCUCAAUCUUUCUUCCAUCCCAAGCAAAACUCCCAUUCUUGAGUUCAGACUAGUAUCAAUAAGGAGUUUGGAGUGAAAAUGCUGACGGAACUAAUUCACACUAAAUAGCAAACAGCUGAUAAAUUCUUGGAGAGGUCCUAACACUUUUUAUGAAUUCAAGUAUCUCAGUUAUACAAUUUCAGGGUUUAAAAGUUAACCUCUUGAAUGGUGGCAUCUCACUUACUAAGGUCAAGGGCAAAAAAAAGUUUUAGCAUCGUAAGAGUUACCUCCUUUCCUCUGUGUUGCUUAAUCUGAUAAUAAGGAAAUGCUGCAUCUGGGAAUAGCAGAUGGUUAACUCCCCAAUAUUCAGAGAUCCACCAUGAGGAUAGAUAAGAAUCAUGGAAGCCUCUUUGGACAUACAAGAAAGGAAAAGCAAGCCCACACAGGGUCCUAGAAUUACUGGUCCUUAUCCUGGGUACCCCUGAGAUAGGGGUUCUCAGGGAUGGGCCUCCCACUCCUAUUUAUUCUCCUUUCCUCCCUACUCGCAGUGCCAAGUGAGGAGCGUCUUUGUCCUUUGGGAGUGCAGGCAGAAGGAGCACCCCUUGAUGUUGGAGUUUUGACAUUUAAAUAAUAAACACUAAAACUUACCAAAGGGGCUUCCCUGGUGGCGCAGUGGUUAAGAAUCCGCCUGCCAAUGCAGGGGACGCAGGUUUGAGCCCUGGUCCAGGAAGAUCCCACAUGCCGCGGAGCAACUAAGUCCGUGCAUCACAACUACUGAGCCUGCGCUCUAGAGCCCGCGAGCCACAACUACUGAAGCCCACGUGCCUAGAGCCCACGCUCCGCAGCAAGAGAAGCCACCGCAGUGAGAAGCCCGCACACCGCAACCAAGAGUAGCUCCCAGUUGCCGUGACUAGAGAAAGUCCGUGCACAGCAGCGAAGACCCAACACAGCCAGAAAUAAAUAAAUUAAAUAAAUUAAAAAGAAGAAAAAGAAAACUUACCAAAGGCUUACUACGUGUUGCUACUGCUCUAAAUGCUUUAAUUCAUUCAUUUAUUCAACAAGUACUUACUGAGUGCAUCCUAUGUGCCAGUCACUUCUAAAUGCUGUUUAUUCAUUUGUUCAUCCAGUGCUUGACCUCUUAUGUGUCAAGUAUUGUUAUAAAGGCUUUUCAUUCAUUUAUUCAUUCAUUCAUCCAUUCAUUCAACAAGUAUUUACCGAGAGCCUCCUGUGUGUCAGGCACUGAUCUAGGUUCUAUAGUGGUGAGCUAAACAAAGCUUCUGCCUUUACAGAGAUGAUACUUUAUUGAGGGUUGCCAGGCGAUGCACAAAUAAACAAGAAAACAUACAGUGUAUCGGGUGAUUUUAAGUCCUACAGAGAAAAAUCAGCUGAGGCAAACGGGCAGAGUGCCAGGUAGAUGUUGCUAUAUUUAGGUCUCAUUGAUGAGGUGACAUUUGAGCAGAGAGCGAGUAAACAUGGCAAAAUCAAGUCACAGGAAACAGCAGGACAUAGACCCUGAGGCGGGCGUGUGCUUGGCCUGCCUGAGAGAAAUCAAGGGAGGAAGGGGUGACGGGAACAAGGGGGAGAGGGGUGAACAAGGUCAGAUGGAGCUGGGAAGGAGACUAAGCAGGACCUCGCAGGCUCUGGUGGACGGGGAACACAGUAGAGUGCUUUGACCACGGGAAUGACUUGUUUUAAAAGCAUCCUCCAGCUGCUGUGCUGAAAAUAGACUAGGGCAUCAGGGUGAAAAUCAGGGGGACAAUUAUAUGGCUAGUGCCGAAUCCAGGCUGGAGGGGCCGGUGGCUUGGGCUGUGGCAGUUACACUGGAGGUGGUGAGAAGUGGUCAGUCGCCAGUUAUCUCUGAAGGUAGAGCCCAUGGGAUUUGCUGGUGGACUGGAUGUGGUACGUGAGAGAAGAGGAGAGUCGGAGGUGAUCCCGAGGAUUUUGUCCUGAGCAACUUCAAGGGUAGAGUCGACAUUUCCUGAGACAGUGAAAGUGCUGGAGGAGCUGUUUAGAGGGAGAGCUGGAAUGGGAAGAGUUCAGUUCGGGAUAUCAUUAAGUUUGAGAUUCUCAUGACGAUCUCAGUAAAGAACUCGAGGCGGGCAUUUCGGUGCUGGUCUGCCAUUCCAGGGAGGCGUCCAGACUAAGAAUAUAAAAGUGGGCGGAGAUGGUGUUGAAAAAUCCCAGACCAGACACAUGAACUGAGCGUGUAUGAGGUUAGAAGAAAAGUCCCAGCACAGAGCUGUAGGGCACGCCAAGGUCUAGAAAAGGAGGCAGGAUCCAGGCGGGAGAUGAAGAUGUAACCAGUGAGAUGGAAGGAAAACCAGAAUCAACGGUUAUUCUGGAAACCAAGCCAGGAGGCGCUCGAGAAAGAGGGAACCAUCAACCACGUCAAGUGCUGUGGGUAAGUCAGACCAGAUGAGGCGUGACUGUUGUCCACUGGGAAGGUGCCCGAGGCCCUAACUGGAGCUGUUCAGAGGAGCGAUGCCCCAUCAGGGCAUGUCAGGAACAACGGUGUUUAUAUUUAAUUCCAUGAGGGAUAUCGUGUUAUAUUUCUGUUUUACAAAUCAGAGAACUGAGGUGCAAGAGAGGGUUGAACACAGCUGGAUUGGAAGUCAGACGGUCUACUAGCUCCAGAGGGCACGCCCUUCAAAGCCUGGUGUGCUUGGAACUUGAAGGCUCUCAAAUCCCCAGGGGCAGUGGAGAGCCGGGAGAAGCCUGCUGGCAUCUUAGGACAGCAAUCACUAGAGGAUUCUCCACCUUGCUUCUUUGGAGCCAGGGGAAAGCAGGAGCAGCCAGCAUGCAGGCGACCAUUUACCCUUUCCAGGCCUGGGAGAGAGAAAAAGCAGCUGACCCAAGGCCCUGGGCCCUCAGCUCUCAUGAGCUGACAUCCGAGAAUCAGUGAGUUCUCUUUGGUGCUAAACUUUCUGCAUUUUGAACAACUUCAACAGGACCUCCCAGUACUUACAUGGCUUUCUCUUUACAACUGUUUGUUCAACUGUACUUAUUUUUCUCUGUGUGUAUCACACACACACACACACACACACACACACACACACACACAUACACACACAGGUAAAGUAUCUCUCUUUCCCCCUCAUCUCAUCUCCUUCAAGAAAAAACCUCUCUGAAAGGGGCCACAGUUUUGCAAAUGAAUUUUCAAAGCUGAGUACACAAGCCAUCCUUGUGGUCAAGGUCCUUAUAAACUUGGGAGCUUCAUUUUAGCCAGUAGAGCACUUCUGGCUAAAGCCAAACUUUCUCUUUUGUCCUUAUCUGCAAACUCAAAUUAUUACCAUUGUCCUAAGGAGGGUCUCAAACCCCCUUCCCAAGCAUCCCAAACCAGAGCACUUUAACAUCCCUGAUGCACAAGAAAGAGUCACGGUUACACUCCUAAUCCUGUGGUCGUAACACUGAGCUGUAAGUCUAGCCCCUGCAUUGGCAAAGAAAGAAGCCAAGGCUCAGAGAGGCAGUGAGAUUUGCUUUCUAUCACACAGCUACUUUGAGGAAAAACCAUUUCUCCUCACUCAAAGUGAUUUGCUCUUGCAAUCAUGCCCUCCAAGUAAUGCCCGAUGGUUCCCAUGUACGAAUUCAAGUCGUGAAUUAAUGGGAGGGCCAGAAGUUCAAGCCACCAGCAUCAAAGGGAUGAGAGCUGACAUGUACAUCCAGGAAAUCUGAUAUGAUUGGAGCCAUGUGUAGAUCUACUUUCUGGGGAUAGAGAGAACUGAAAAGCUUGUUUAAACUAUUAAGAAAAUAUGAAGAGAGGGGGAAGAUGGCGGAAGAGUAAGACACAGAGAUCACCUUCCUCCCCACAGAUAAAUUAUUAAGAGAAUAUGAAUCUAAUCUUUAUCUGCAGUAAGCAAGGCGGGGAGCUGGGGAACGGAGUACCAGCGGAAGCUAGGUGAUCUGUUUCAAGACAAUGUUCCCCUGACAAAAUGAUGCUUGGAGAGAAAUCUCCUGGAAGUAUGGAAUGUCUUCCUGCUCUCUAGAAUUCCUUGAUUAUUUCUUCUAAAAGAUAUUGGUAGGUCAUAACAUAUUUGGAACUCAGAACUUAAAUAUUUGUUGCUUAUUCCAUGCCCAGGGUCUCAGAGGUACUCGAGUUUUUGUUGAAUGAAUGCAAGAUGAUUUGUGCUAAAUGAAUACACCAAUGACACAUUUAAAUGUUUGAAUACUGCUAACUGAUGGAUUACUCUGAAAUUAGUAAGUUAAAAUAUAACAGGAGCGAAUGUACAGCCAUGUAUUCAGUCUCCAAAACAUCAACAGGGACAAGAGGGAGGAUACUUGUUUCAACAGCAGGUCAAAUGAAACAGACGUGAGAGCUUUAGUUUACAGCUUAGUAAGAGCCAAAGGGAUGAAGCACGUACUAAAGAGCUGACGUGAUGUUAGACUGUUUCCGUAAAAGAAUGGUUUCUAGAUCAAGGCUGGACGUCACUACACUGUGCUCUUAGGUGAUUCAACCUUACCUGGAGUUGGUAAUUAGUUGUCACAUCUUAAGAGGGACGUGGAUAAACAGACCAUGUUCAGAGAAUAGAGGGCAUGGGGGCUGAAAGUCUAAAUGCCAUGAUUUAUUAUGCCCUGAGAGAACUCAGAAUGUUUGGCUAGAAGAAACAACCAAAAGUGACACCAAGAUUGAUUAGAUGGUACUCUAAAAUUCGUAAAGAUUUUAUGACUGUGAAGCAAUAUCCAUCAUUUAUCACCAAAGGACCUGGGGUAGUUUAAGGUGGCAGCCCCAACACGGACGUCUCUGCUCCCAUCGCCUGAAAAGUAUUUCAGGUAUAAAUUAAAAUGCUCUACGAGACAUUGUUUUCCAUAAACAAGGGGUUUAAAUUAUCCUGACCCACAAAUAAAGAUCAGCCAUAUGUUAUUUACCCAAAUAACCACAGUCUUGUCCGAAAUGUUAGAUCAUUCCACCAAUAGAUUUUUUUCUAUUCUCCAAAUCAUUAAUAAGAAUUUUGAUGGCAUUAAAAGCAACAAAAUAAAUCAAUCCUUAAUAAAUAAUAUAUAAAUGCUCCUCUUCAUUCAGCAAUGAUUUAUUAAUAUCCACUCACAGAGCUGCUUAUUCUCUAUCGAUUCAGGUUUUUAAUCACGUAUGAAUUUGCCAAACCAUAUUUCAUCCAAUUAAUAUACUUCCAUCUGUUUUUAAGGAACUUUAGCAAAUGCUUUACUCUGUCUAUGAUUCCCCUUACGUGCUAGGAUAUGAAUGCCGUGAAAGAUAAUGAGGUUAGUAUUGCAGACUUCUUUUGUGAACGCUUAGCUCAUUUUCUAAGAAGCUCACUUCUUUCCCUUAACAUUCAAUUGUCAGACUGUGCCAAGAAAUAACAGGCCUCCUGCUCCCGUGUUUGAAAUUCAUCUUUUUGAAAUUUGGAAGAUCCUGUUCCCCAAAGAACGUCUCAAAGAUUAUGACCAGGGUUCUGGGAUCUUUCCAGACUCUGUGAGACCUCGUCUGGACUAGGGAGGGGGAAACUGACGUAGAAGAGGCAGCUUCACGGGGGCAGACAGGUUCACUUGGGGGUGAUUGCCCAAGGGAGGCACCGUGCUGGCAGGAUCCUUAAACCUUGUCCAGUCUCAGCAGGAAGUCAUGCCAUCACACCACGGCCAUGUCUCUCACUGACCCCCAUGCGAAGAGUGUUUGUGUGGGAACUCAGUAUUUCCGAUCUAGAGCUAAGUGUUUUCUUACUAUUUCUUUACCAUUCUAAGCCUUAUUUUCCUUCAAUGUAUCUUUGUUUUACUUUUUUCAUUUUGAAGACUUUUCGUAUUAAGGGAUAAAAUUGAAGAAAAAUUGGAGGUAAUUAGUUCUGUUGUUUAUUAGUUGUUGUCACUUUGGACAAGUUGCUUAACCCUACUUUAUGGUGUUCAGUUUCAUUCUUCCUUAGGCUAAUCUUAUGUAGCAGUGACUGUCUAUACCAUCUGUCUUCUUAAGUUCUCUUUCUGUCCCUGGAGUCAAUCAAAGGCACUUAUUACCCUUUUAAAAAUUUUUAUUGCCACAGCUUAUUUUUUCCCAGUUUUACUGAGAUACAGUUGAUAUAUAACAUUGUGUUAGUCCAAAGUGUAAAGUGUCAUGAUUUGAUGUAUGUAUAUAUUGCAACAUGACUACCACAAUACGUUUAGUUAACAUCAGUCACCUCACACGGAUAACAAGUGCUGGAGAGGCUGUGGAGGAAAGGGAACCCUCCUGCCCUGCUGGUGGGAAUGUAAACUGAUACAGCCGCUAUGCAGAACAGUAUGGUGGUUCCUCAAAAAACUAAAAAUAGAGCUACCAUACGAUCCAGCAAUUCCAUUCCUGGGUAUUUAUCCAAAGGAAACAAAAUCACUACCCUGAAGAGAUAUCUGCACCCCCAUGUUCAUAGCAGCACUAUUUACAAUAGCCAAGACAUGGAAAUAACCUAAGUGCCCAUCCACAGAUGAACAGAUACCCAUUUAAAAAUUUUUAAAGGUUCCUUUCUUUAAAAAUUUCUCCAGACUCACUCACUCUCACAAUCUCAUGCAGCCAAAUCUUUGCUUCUGAUUUUGAUCCCUACCUCCCCCCUUGGACUGGAAACCUUGGGUUGUCCUGUGGUUCCCUGGACACCUUUUGCCAGGGACAUGGCUGGGAGUUCCCUGUGCUUUCUGCCUACACUUUCAGGCCAACCACUGUUCACUCCUGUCCUGUCCUUUUCCUGACACCCUCACCCAGGCUGGACAGCACAGCUGCCUAGGGCCAGAAGGUCAGAGAGUAGCAUUGGACUUGAAAGCAAUCACGCAAUGAGAGCACUGAAAAACCCAUAAGACCUCUAGACAGCUCUAUCAUUACAAAAUGUUCUCAAUCCUAAAAAGCGAUAUAUUUGAAAGCAGCAUCAGUUCAAAAAGCUUUUUUAGGGAACAAAAAUAGAUGUGCGCUGGGAUUUCCAAGGGAUUGGAUUUCAGAAGUAUUUUAAUGUUAAAAAAAAAAGCGUGUCUUAGGAUCGGGGAAACGCGGUGUUGUUCUUAGCAUUCGGCGCCUGCCCACACUUCCUAGUGUAACGGGUUAUUGAACAGGUUGGAGUGAAAUCAGGAAAGAGCUUUGUGUUUCCCCACUGCAGUCGCCCUCAGCUCUCCGCCCCCCCCCCCCCCCCGAGGCCUUAGUGUCAUCUUGGGCAGAUUUUAGAAUGCCCUGGUCCCCUUCAAGCCCCAGAAAAUCCAGUAUAAUCCAAAUCAAAACUUCACUCCCUCAUCCAACAGAAGCUUCUGCAUUCUCUCCCAGCCCCACCGCGGCUCGGGUCAGACCUGCUCCUUCUUCCUGUCCCUCCCCUGCUCUCUCUGCUGCUUCCAGGUCCCCGAGGGCCAGAGCCGGGGCAGGGAAAGGGCUCCGCACUGUGUCAUGUUCCCUCUCACUGCGGAUGCACAUAUAUUGGAGAAUUGCUCUGGCGCCUUCUGUGGGUUGGUUAGGCGAACCUCCCCGCCGCUCUCACCCCGCCAUCACUGCCCACACUCCCUCAGACGCAGGUCAAGGCCGCACAAGGACCCCAGUCCCCGUCGGGGAAGAGGCACUUGGAGAUGCGCUCUUAGGAGGCCCCUCGGCUCUUCCUCUCGGCACUUUGCUACUGGGUUCCCUACCCCCAAGCCGCCAGCCCUCUUGGCUGUGGUCCUUUCCAAACUGGGGCCUCACAGGUACGCCUCCCUCUGCCCUCUCUCCUCUCCCAAUCCUCAGUGGGGGCUUCAGCCAGCGCCCUCCUGCAGGCUGCUUCAGUGGUGAGUCAGGCCUCACGUCUCACGACCAGCAAACCCAGGGGCCACAUUUCAAGGCCCUCCCAGGAACCCUCCCAUGCCCCUCCAGCCACAGCAAGGGGAAGGCUGGAGAGUUUGAGGGGACCAGCCAGCACCUGGCCAGCGAGUGGGCUGUCCAUCCCCCUAUCCUGAAAAUCACUCGAAUCUCCGCCGGUGGUGCUUUAAGGUCCCUCUUCAUUUAUCCUGGAGGCAGUGGGAGGUGGAGGAGGCUUGGGGGAACCACAAGGCUCUCCCUGGUCCUACCAUCCUCUCCAAAGAAUCCUUCUUCUCGCCUAAAAGCCAUGAGCCCCCUCAGAUGCCUGGGAGGUUGCUGGGUCGCUUGGCCUCCUUUGUCUAACUUCAAAAUGGACGUGGUCGGCCCCUCCCUUUAGAAGGUGGGUGGUACUUAACCUUGUCUUUGGUUUGGAGGCUUUGGCAAAAAUAAGACCCAGGAGGAGUCUCGACCUACCUGUUACUCUUGUUCAACUCAAUUUAACAAACUUGGGGGCUUCCCUGGUGGUGCAGUGGUUGAGAGUCUG